GAGGACGCUCACCUUUUCUGACACUGGAGUGAUUCACAUCCCCAUUGAUUGACUAUUAGACAUUUGUCCAUAAUUUUUUUUGUUUUUCCACUUCGCUAAAGUAUAAACGAUCAUCUUCAUAUUUGUUUUUCCUUUCGUGGAGUUGUGCGUGACAUCGUUUUACACGACCGAUGAUGGCGAACCAGACCAUUAACGGGGUAAACGGAGUGACCGCGGGUAACGGGCACAGGGAUCGGGCUCUGGCCGGCGCUGUGGGACCCAAGCGCUGGAACGUGCAGGCCUCCGAGAUGGCCAAGCGGACCUUCAACCCGAUCCGUGCCAUCGUGGACUCCAUGCACAUCGAGCCCAACCCCCACAAGGCCAUGAUAUCUCUCUCCAUCGGCGACCCCACGGUGUUCCGUAAUCUGCCCACGGACAACGUGGUACGCACGGCCGUCAAGGAGGCCAUCGACUCCGGCAACUACGACGGCUACGCUCCCUCCAUAGGUUAUCAACAAGCAAGAGAGGCGAUCGCGGACUACUACACCUGCGCUGAAGCCCCUUUGGAGGCCAGGGACGUCAUCCUCGGCAGUGGCUGCAGCCAGGCCAUCGAGAUGGCGAUCACCGUGCUGGCCAAUCCCGGAGACAACAUUCUGGUCCCCCGACCCGGCUUCUCGCUCUACAAGACGCUGGCCACCUCGCACGGAAUUCACGUCAAGCACUACGAGCUGCUGCCGGACCAGUGCUGGGAGAUCGACCUGGAGCACAUGGAGUCGCUGGUGGACGCGCGCACGGCCUGUGUGGUGGUGAACAACCCGUCCAACCCGUGCGGCUCCGUCUUCAACCGCGAGCACAUCCUCGACAUCCUGGCCGUUGCUGAAAAGAACAGGGUCCCUAUCCUCGCAGAUGAGAUAUAUGGAGAUAUGGUGUUCCCCGGGCAUCAGUACCAUGCCAUGGCGCCACUGACGAGCGAGGUGCCCAUCCUUGCGUGCGGGGGGUUGGCGAAGCGCUGGCUGGUACCCGGCUGGCGGAUGGGCUGGGUCUUCAUCCACGACCGCCACCAGAUCUUCGGACCAAAUAUACGCGACGGACUGUUGCGGCUCAGCCAGAAGAUUCUGGGACCCUCCACAGUGAUCCAGGGAGCAAUGAAGCGGAUCCUGAACCACACUCCCAGCGACUUCUACCAGAGAACUGUGGAGUUCAUCCGGGACAAUGCCGAGUAUUGCUACAACACCCUAACCGCAGUCCCUGGUCUCAAGCCGGUCAUGCCGUGUGGAGCAAUGUACAUGAUGGUUGGAAUACAGAUGGAUAAGUUUCCCGAAUGUAAGGACGACGUGCAGUUCACCCAGAGACUCGUAACGGACCAAUCGGUCUUCUGCCUCCCGGCCAAGUGCUUCGAGUACCCCAACUAUUUCCGCGUGGUGCUGACCGUGCCCCGCGAGAUGCUGGAGGAGGCGUGCAUGCGCAUCCAAGAUUUCUGCGCGAAGAACUACAUCGGCACGCAGCCAUAGUGCCCUGGUGAUAGCAACAACGUCACCCGCCAUUCACCACUGAGUGGCUGUGAUGCACCUGAACCAGGGCAGGUCCACUUUGAAGCCACGUGACGUGAUAGCAUCACUCGAAUCACUCGCACUGACACCCAGUGCUCAAUUUCAGCCAAAAACUGCCUGGAGCCUGUCCCAGGAAUUAGUUUGGAAUUAUUAUUUUUGGGCUAUUAUUUUUCGUUUUAAACAUUUUCAUUGGAUUAUGUAUGGUACAAUAGAGGUACAUGAUUAUGAAUAGGCGUACCUUGCACACUAGUGGUGAACCUUUAUUUCAAUAAGUCCUACCUCCUAAUAGGACUAGCAGCUUUCCAGAAAAUAUCGAGUCUAGAAUGAAGCUCUUGGUAACACCACUGCACAGUGUUUUCGUGGUUGUGUUCUAUAGCUUUGCGAUGGAUUUUAAGGGUUGCACUGCGUGUUGCUUUGGCGCGAUUACGAAUGCAAACUUCGGACUUCGUGCCGAACAAUACGCACAACAACCAGAAAACACAGCCAAGAGCUCUCUCUUAUGUUCAAUUAACCUUUCUAUUGUGUGUUCAACUAACCUUUGUAUUGUGUGUUUGUGGAAAAAUUGCAAGCAAUUUAUUUUCCAUUCUUUGUCAGAUUGUGAUUUUUUUUUAUUGCUAUGGUUGGUAUCAUUAUUUAUGCAGGGUUCUUUUUCUAAACCAUUAACAUUUUUAACACGUUUUACCGCACGGGAUUUUAACAUUUUAUGCCUACGUAAAUAGAAGCAUCCGACAAUACUCCACGCACCAUGCACUUACAGCGCUGUCCACGGCAGUUGCUCCCAAGUUCAAGUUAAUUUUGUUGAACCACGUGAGAACUCAAAGAUGUCAGCAUGAGUCUCCUUUGCAAUUGUGACACGUUUAUUUGCGGUCACGUGCUCAAUCGAAACCGUGUGAGAAAAAAAUUACUUUGCUGAAAUGUGCAUGAAAGUGGCACCAGUUAAUAUUUUAUAUUCCUUUAAAACCAUACACAGUCGAUUGCUUUCCAGACUCGUGACAGACAUGAAGACUGCACUGCCCCCAAGAGGAACACAUUUGCAAAUGGUAUCACAUUUUCCAUUUGAUAAUACAAAACUAUUUCCCGCAAUGUUUGACAUCUGUGCUAUCGCAGACAUGUGAUGAGACGAAUUAUCUAUUCACAAAUCUUGCUCGUGGACUGAUCUGAGAUUUCUGAAUAUUCAGAUGUCUGGUCAGACUGUGAGAUUUCUGAAUGUUCCAAAAUAGAUUAUUCAGAAAUCUCACUAAUGUCGUGCUCUGUGAUCUUUCUGACUAUUCAGACAUCUAAUUAGAAAUCUCACCGCGUUGCAUCAGUCUGUCUGAUAACAGUCUGCGGAAAAAUCACUUCCCAGGGCCUUUCUCAAAUAUUUAUUUAAGCAGAUGCAUUGUCUUUUAAACAGUCGAGUAUGCACACUCUACUACGAUAUUUCUUUCACAUGCAAGUCCAACUUUUACACUUAUUUCUCAGAGCUUACAUUUCGCCAAAUUAAAUUCCAAGCUAAUCUAAUAAAAAUGUAUCUUCUCUUGUGAAGUAAAUUUUGACAAGUGCAAGACCAUCACAUCACUGAAUAAGUCAUUAUUUCCCUUCCCACUCUGAAAAUCAUAUACAAUGUCAAUAUUACACACCAGAGGUGGGACAAAGUCAUUGUUAUGCAAGUCCAAGUCGAGUCUGAAGUCAUCAAAUUCAUGACUCGAGUCUGACUCGAGUCCAAGUCACAUGACUCGAGUCCACACCUCUGUUACACACUGGUUUCAUUGAUUCACGUUAAUCCAGAUCACCCCUUUUGUAUCUUUACUGUUUACAAAACGUGCCAAAUAUUAUGCACAAAAAGCUUUGCCGAGUCUUACGACUCAUAUCCAGGAGGGUCCUGCCAAGUUUUCGCAGUAGCGGGAGAUGAUUGCUAUGUGUAGGAGGCGCCGCGGUGAGAUGAUCGUGGGUUUCAUCUCGAUCCCUUACGAUGCCUGCUGCUGUAUAUUUGGAGUUGGCGUAGUCUCUCUCUCUCUCCGCGUGGCCGCGUGGAUUUUUCUCCAGGUCCUCUAGUUUUGCCCCCAACUUUAUUUGACGACUAUAAUUCCCACGUGUGACGAAACGAGCUAGUACGUGUGGCAAGGUCGCCGAUGAAAACGAGUUAACAGCUCAGUGGGCUUUACCUGGAAAUAAAAGUAAUUUAGUUUAAGUUGUACGUAUAAUCCCAAUCGAGUAAUAUUUCACAUUUGGCAAACUUGGCCCAUGGAGUCGACACACGAAAUCUUUAACUUCCACUGUGCAGCAGACAGCGCUAAUGUGUACUGCUAAUGCAACCGCAGUAACAACAAGCCGGCCGGAGUAUGAAUGCUGUUCACUGAGUGUCAUUACGAAGUUAGAGAGGGAACUCGGCUUAUUCAAAUCCAAGUUAAUCAUGUAAGUUGACUAAUUUUCCAAAAUGUUAAUUGUUUCACUUUAACGGCCGACAGUGGCCUCGCGUGCCGUGAUUUAUGCAUUACUUAUUAUAGCUUUGAUUGUAUACAAUUCAUCAUGUCUUAUUUUAAGUUAAUACGUAUUCACUGUAUCCCAAAUGUAUUUAUUUGACAAAAUAUAAAGGGCAUAUGCAUUUUUUAUCCUCUUCACGAAUGGGUUCACGUUUCUUGAUCAAAAGGAUGUGUUUAUACUUCAUCGUGCUACUGACUUUCAAACAACUUUUAAUCAAAUUAAAUGGCACAUUCAAAUAAAAAGUUAAUUCGAAACCCAGUAACCAUCUUUAGAACUGCUAGAUAAGCAGACGAUAUGUCUCUGUCAUUCACUGCGUGUCUCUCCACACACACUUGACUUGAAAAAGAGCUGCAUCGCUUAAUGAGUAAUCUACUUCCUAUUCGGAUUUUUGUAAACUUUUUUUGUGUGCAAACCUAUCGACCCCCCACGGCCUUUUGGGAGUAUUUCAGUAUCUGCUGAUGAGAGACUGUGUGCCGAAACCGAUCCAGACUUUGCAUGUGCUGAAUGAAUGCUGCUGAAAUGACGCCCUCCCAGAAGGCGGUGUGGGUGACUGCUGUGUUCUCGUGCGAAGAGACGCGCACUCGUUUGUUCAUUAAGAGUUGUCUACAAGGACGCGAAUGAUUGUUUUGUGUUCUGUAUCCUUCAAAGCAGAACUUCACAAAUCCCAAAGCAGGCUUCACACUCACUCGCAUCACCGCUGUCCACGUGUUGCAUCGUCCUUCUCUCCAUUCAAAUGCAAAUCGGGUCACUGCACAUUACACACACCUAAUGAUUGGUAAGAAAUACAUGAACGCCGCGGUGUGAGAGCACUGAGCGUGAAGCAGGCCGAUUAGCGAAUACUUCUCGAAGAAUGACAGCCGUUACACGAACAUUUAAAGUCGUCGUUCAGCGUUGGCUGCCCUGUGCCUCACUUCCCUGGCCCCGUCUCAGUCAAUGGGGGUUGUGUGACGCCAAUUGGAGGUUGUGUGACGCCAAUUGGAGGUUGUGUGACGCCAAUUGGAGGUUGUGUGACGCCAAUUGGAGGUUGUGUGACGCCAAAACUUUCACCGCGAUGGGCAGUGCGGUCUUGUGAUGAAUAAGUUAGGGAGUUGGGGGCCAAGGCCGCGUCGGAUAUCAUUCGCCGCCGUGGCCAGGAAUCGAACUCAGGUCGGCUCGUGUUAAUAGCAAAGUGCGCUAACCACUGCGCCACCACCCACCACCGCCUUAGGUCACGUGCUCACAUCUCGUCUGUAGCAAUGCUUAACUAUACAAUGUAAUGCACGUACAUUUAUAUGACCAGCGGGAAACAACAUUGAGCUAUUACCGAAGAUGAUAUCACCGUGAUGGUAUCAAUGUACUGUUUUGUCCAAAUGUAAGUGAACAUUUUCGACGUGCGUGUCAACAGUGAACACGUGUGCAAUCGCGCUGCACACCUGGCUGCCCACACCCAGGUGAAUGGUGCAACAGUCUUCUUCCAUCCACGUCCAACAUAUCCGACCUUAUCACGUAUCUGCCGAUACCUCAGUCCUGACCAAGCCAAAUAAUGGUCGUGCUUAUUUUGAUUAAAAGUGUAACUUUCAUUCCCCUACAAGUGAUCCAUUUUAAAUCAGACGGUUAUUACCAUCAAUCUCAUGUCAAUGCAAUGGGGUCUUCAAAAGACUCACUGUGUACAUUUGUUUGCGUGACAACGAUGUUGAGUCUCCACGACGCUUUCAGGUGCCAAUGUGUCUCCAGCAAUGGGCUGCUAUAUAUCUUUUGCCAUUUGUCGAUAGCAUUGCUUUAUAGUACAUUGAGAUCGUCUCACAAUGUAUUUUGACUAGACGGCAUAUUAAUGACACGGUUAUAAGUACAUUGUGGUAUAGCUGCGCAUAUCAGGGAAAAUAUCUGGGAAUGUACCAUAUUUUAGUGAUUUUGGUGUGUUAAUAUGUGUUGAUAUGUACUCAUUAAUUACACCUGUGGUUUUUUGAGAUUCAUGAAAUAGUUUUGGAAUGUUUAUCAAAUUAGCCAGGGCAACAAUGAUAUACCUCAUUUAAAACCUCACACGCGUUAUACAACUGAAGUGAAAUGUUGCUGACUUGCAUAAACACAAAUUAAACAUGUCUUAAAAUCA